ACGCUCCGCCCGCGAUCCAGUGGUAGUUGUUUGUGGUGCGUCUCAGUGCCAAUCGUGUCAUCGCCGUGCCAAGAUCUGGAACAACGGUUUUCUUGUCGCCCUGCAGCGUCCCGCCGAAACUGAGGUUCGCAGCAGCAGUGCAUUGUGCAGCGUGAUCGUACGCGUGCGUGCGUGUGUGAGUGUGUGUGUAUGUGCGGUGCGUGUUAGUGUUAAGUACGCAAAGUGCGUCAGAUCGUUUCUCGUUUCGCCGUCCAAAGUGCCGUCGCUCCGUCAGCAGUGUUAGAAUACACGGCUCGCCCUGCUCUCGCUAUUGGUUCUGUACGGCGGGAGCUCCCCCGGAGAAGCUCACAAGCCACGACGACAACAACGAUCCAAGCGGUUCCACUUCUACCACUUCACAUCCACCUCGGAGAUCGGUUCUCAAUCACGGCCACGGCUUGAAGCUUCUUUUGCGUGUCACGAUCAUCUAGAACGCGCAGCGGUCAGACCAACGGAGGCUGCUGCUGCUGUUUGCUGGAUAGGCUUCUUCGAUCGGCGGGCACACGGAACCGGUCAGUCGCGACGAGACCGUGCUACGGUCCGGUAAUAAGUAAUCAUGGCCUCGACGCUAAUGUUCUGGAACAAGCAGAACUCCAGCUCCGGCCAGAACGGGAGCAACGAUGCCAAGAACACAAAGAACGGCCGCAACUGGCUGCACGCACCGGAUGUGCUCGUUAACGGGCACGUCGCCUAUCUAGUCAAAUACCUCGGUAGCACACCCGUCGAGCAGCCGAAGGGCAUCGAAGUGGUGAAGGAAGCAAUCCGGAGGCUGCAGUUCACACAGCAGAUGAAGAAGGCCGAGGGCGGUGGCAAUGUGAAGACGAAGAAGGUCGAAAUUACCGUCAGUGUCGAUGGUGUUGCAAUACAGGAACCACGAUCGCAAACGAUCAUGCACCAGUUUCCGCUGCACAAAAUCUCCUAUUGCGCGGACGAGAAGGGCGUGAAGAAGUUCUUCAGCUUCAUCGCGAAAACGAGCUGCAACAGCAGCGCACCGAGCACCGUCUCGUCGAUCAGCUCGGUCGGAGACGACGCGAUGAGCGGCUCCACCAACUCGAAUGGCACCAGCAGCAACGGAAGCAGCGAGGAUCGGCACGAGUGUUUCGUGUUCAUCUCGAACAAGCUGGCCUCCGACAUUACGCUGACCAUUGGGCAGGCGUUUGACCUUGCGUACAGGCGUUACGUCAGUGAUAGUGGCAAGUCGCUCGAAGCAACGAAACUGAUCGCACAAAAGAAGCAACUCGAGCACACGAUCACUGCCUACCGCCAGCGGUUGAAGGACCUGUCCGAGCUGGUCUUGAAGGCGGACCUCGAAAAGCUGCUUCUGCGCCUGGGGCUGCGAGACAUCUGCGAGGUGCCGCCGGCCGAGAAUGGUGUCGAUGGCCACACCACCCACAAUGGUAGCAAUAUGAACAACAACAACAACACCGUCAACGGAAGUAAAACGCCCGACUUGGGUAUCGACGUAUCUUUACCGAACAAUGACGACCAGCUGCUGAUCGAAACGUCACCGAAGCACUUUGCACCGAUCGUGCCACCGAGAAACAUCCAGAACCAGAUCAACAGCACACUGGAAGCAUUCAAGCCGUCGGUCGGCACCAAGCUCGAGGGGCUGCUGCUGAACUCGGACUCGGACAGCGACUUUGAUCCGCGCGCUCCGGACAACGAUGAUGGCUCGAUGACGGCAUCGACGGCCGCGACGAUGGGCGGAGGCAACAAGAUUAGCAACGAUCUGUUCGGCUUUGAGCCACCGAAACCGUCCAACGCCGCUACGCUCGGCCAGCAGCUGUUUGGUAGUAGCAACGGCCACAGCGCCACCAAUGGGUUCACCAAUGGCACCAACGGUGCAUCCGUGACGAAUGGUUUCGGUCAAGCCCCAACAAGCCCUCCUCCGAUACUGGCUCCUCCACCGGCAAAGUCUGCGCCACGGCGAACGGCAGCUCCGCUGACGAACGGCAACGGGACGAGCACCGCCUACCAGGAUCUGUUCGGAUCGGCGCCCUUCAAUCCGCAAUCGAAUGACGAUUCGGCCUUUGUGGAGGACGCGUCGUUUACUAGUGGCGGGUGCAUGGGUGAUUCGACGUACGUCAUAAACGCGAACGCCAGCGGAAGGUUCUCCGAUGAGGUUCGCGUGCUGGCAAACAAUUCCCACAAGCUGGACACAAUUCUUGCGCACGGUCCAGACGAUCUCGGUGGAGUCGGUGCCGGGGUUAGUGCUGGUGCCGCCACCACCCAUUUGACAUCAAAAUUGAAUCCCUUCGCCGCGGCCAUCAGCGGCGGAACCGCGAUUGGAGCGGUGCUGCGCUCGGGCAAUCCUUUGUCCGCCGUCCAGCACCACCCGGUCACGGCCUACGAUGUGUUUAAGAACCCUAACGACCGGGAACGGUUAACGAACGGUACGGUACCGCAGGUGGUCAUCAGCGGCGGGUGCACUGGGGCCAUCAAUGAUCAUGUAAAUGGUACCACUAACUCUCACGGCACGGGAAUCAUUCCAUCUUUGGCGGGCGCGGGAGUGUCUCAUGAUCCGCUUACCUCGGAGGCACGGUUCGACGACUUUGCUCAGACGGCGUUCAAUGAGUUCAAACGGGAUCUGAGCGGUAACACGCGACCGGUGCCGAGGGGUCGAUCUUCGAUCGGCACGAUUAAGCCACCGUUGAUCAAUGUCGCAUCCAUCACUAACACUGGCGGUGCCGUGGUCGGCAUGCAUACCAUUGGGGAGGAGGGUGCUAAUCGCUUGGCCAGUGGCCCAAUGGUGCUCCAGCCGGAUACGAAGACGAGCAAGAACGGUUUCUUUAGCUCCGACGACGUGCUCGAUACGUUCGAUCCGCUGAAGAAGUAAAGCCGAUCGAUCGAACCCGAAGUCCUGACAGUCCCUGUUCCGGUUCCAUUCUUCGCAGUCUUUCGCGCGCCAAUGGGGACCAUUUUUAGGGGUUGCCCACCGUUUACAGCAGCAGAGGUAGCCGGAGGUGCACACUGUGCGGACAAUUGGUUAGCUGAUAUGUGUUUUUUUGUUAGUUUUGUUUGGAUGAGGAAUGAAAGUGUUGGACAUGAGUAGAACAUAGCGAUAAAGAUCGAGGGAGCGACAGAGAGAAAGGAAGAGAAACAAACGUAGAACGUGUAGAUUGCGUGGUAAAAGAAUGUAAUUUGUUACUGUAAUUGUACGUCAUCUCUAGUUUUAGUAGCUCAACUGUGAGUUUUCAUAUUUUGCUUUUGCCUUUACUCGCCCGCUUUCCGCUUUCCGUAGCCAUUCCGGUGCCCUCCCCUGCAAGGUACUCCCAGCAGAUAUUCAGCCUUUUCUGUAUUGUUUCCCAAACCGUCGUAAGGUAGCAAUGUUAAGCGGUGCUAGUGAAUGGCUGUUCGAAAGGUGUUUUUUAACAGACACACGCGAUAAACAAUGAUGACGUGAAUAAUCUUUGCGAGGGCAUCCCCGGUAAAUCUAAUCUGAAAGUUAGCAGUUCUCAGAACCGUUCGGCAGCGGCAAUAAAAACAGCGGAAAGUAACAAGUAUUAUCAUUGACAAAAUUUAAAUAACUACACCUCAGCCUCUCCUCAUCGCGCUCCGGCUUGAAUAACUUUCCAAAAUGGCAGCUUCAAGAGAAGAGAACGUAGAAAAGUAAAGAUGAUCCCUUAGAGAUCCGUCUGCAGUCGAGAUGCGUCUCUGCCAUCGGUUCCUCUGUAAAGUCUGUGGUGAAAUUCGGUGUCGAUCAUAAACAUUCCUUUCCUUUCGCGAUGAGAAGAAUCGUGCGCCAUGAGCCCUGAACCAUCCAUUCCAUUUACCAUUUAAUAAGAAUGUGUUUUUCAACUUUCUUUAGUUCGAUUGGGACAAGCAACCAUCCUGAAGGAGUUUUCGUAUCUGGAUGCUGCCUGUCCCCAAUGCAGGACAUCCAUUGAUUUUUCUUAGUUUGUUUUUGUUUUGAGAUCAGCCCGAAUCUCGGUGGCGAUCACACUCUCUUCCGCAACACGGGACCGCAAUUAUGUUGUUAUUGAAAAAUGUGAAGUGAAAGAAACUCACCUACCAAUAAACACGUAUGCAAUAAUGCUGUUAAUGUAAGUUUGUGAACAUGAUGAACUUUGUUAGCAAGAGGUGCAUUACGGGAACGAAAGUUUUUGCUAAUUAAGAACAUAUUGGAAACGUACGAUCGUGUUUUUAUAAUAAGAUUCACAAACCGAUUCGCCUCGGUCGGCAUGUAAACAAGCAAUCAUAAAACAGAGAGAGGUUUAAGCAAGAAAUUUUAGGGCCAUUGUUAUCGUAUAUGAGUAAACAUAUCAACUAAAUAUACAUAUAUACAUAAAAUUAUGCCAAUAGAAAGUGUAACAAAAUAAAGAAAAAGAACGAUA